AUGUCUGAAGGAAACCCAAACAGAGACAUCCGGAACCACUAUCUGUUCGAGAUAGCCACAGAAGUCGCCAACCGAGUCGGUGGAAUUUACUCCGUCAUCAAAUCCAAGGCUCCCGUCACGACCGCAGAAUAUGGCGACAGAUACACACUUAUUGGGCCUCUCAAUAAACAAUCGGCCGCUGUCGAGGUCGAAGCCCUAACACCGACGAAUCCCCAACUGGCCGCAACAAUCGAGUCUAUGGAAGCGCGAGGAAUUGGCAUUUUAUAUGGUCGCUGGUUGAUUGAAGGCGCCCCAAGAGUUCUGCUGAUCGAUACGAAGACUGCAUAUCGCUUCCUCGACGAGUGGAAGGCGGACCUGUGGAACACGGCUGGAAUUCCAUCUCCUCCCGGCGACGACGAGACCAACGAGGCGGUAGUCUUUGGAUAUCUUGUUGCAUGGUUUUUAGGAGAGUUCGUUGCACACGAAAAGACCAAGGCCGUCAUCGCACACUUCCACGAAUGGUUAUCCGGUGUAGCUCUCCCACUCUGCAAAAGGCGCCGAAUCGAUGUCACCACCAUCUUCACCACCCACGCUACUCUCCUCGGUCGAUACCUCUGCGCCGGUUCAGUUGAUUUCUACAACAACCUACAAUACUUUGAUGUGGAUGCGGAGGCUGGAAAGCGUGGCAUCUACCACAGAUACUGCAUUGAACGGGCUUCUGCGCACUCUUGCGAUGUUUUCACCACUGUCUCCCACAUCACGGCAUACGAAAGCGAGCAUCUUCUGAAGCGGAAGCCAGAUGGUGUUCUUCCCAACGGUCUCAAUGUUACGAAGUUUUCGGCCAUGCACGAAUUCCAAAAUUUACAUCAACAGGCAAAGGAGAAGAUUCACGAUUUCGUUCGAGGGCACUUUUACGGACAUAACGACUUUGAUCCCGAGAAUACCCUUUACUUCUUCACAGCAGGUCGAUACGAAUACCGAAACAAGGGUGUUGAUAUGUUCAUCGAGUCAUUAGCACGAUUGAACCACCGACUGAAGUCCUCCGGCUCGAAAAUGACCAUUGUCGCAUUCGUCAUCAUGCCCGCACAAACACAAUCGUUAACCGUGGAAGCUUUGAAGGGACAAGCUGUGAUCAAGUCUUUACGAGAUACUGUUGAUGUUAUUGAAAGGGGUGUUGGCAAGCGGAUCUUUGAGCGCGCUCUCAAAUGGCACGAUGGGGACCCAAUGCCUGAUGCAAAGGAUCUCAUUACCAGCCAGGACCGAAUUCUGCUCCGAAGACGGUUAUUCGCCAUGAAGAGACAUGGCCUUCCUCCGAUUGUUACCCACAACAUGGCAAACGAUGCCGAGGAUCCGAUUUUGAACCAAAUCCGAAGAGUCCAGCUUUUCAACCACCCAUCAGACCGCGUCAAGAUUGUUUUCCACCCCGAGUUCUUGAACUCGGCAAACCCAGUUCUGCCAAUGGAUUAUGAUGAGUUCGUUCGAGGUACUCAUCUUGGUGUGUUCUCCUCUUACUACGAGCCAUGGGGUUACACUCCCGCAGAGUGUACAGUCAUGGGAGUUCCCAGCAUCACGACCAACCUCUCAGGUUUCGGCUGCUACAUGGAGGAAUUGAUUGAGAACUCCACCGACUACGGAAUCUACAUCGUGGACCGACGUAUGAAGGGAGUCGACGAUUCCGUCAACCAACUCACUUCCUUCAUGUUCGAUUUCGCCGGGAAAUCCCGCCGUCAACGCAUCAACCAACGGAAUCGCACCGAGCGACUCAGCGACCUACUGGACUGGAAGAGAAUGGGCAUGGAGUACGUCAAGGCUCGCCAACUCGCACUGAGAAGAGCAUACCCCGCCUCCUUCGACGGCGAAGACGAGGAUGAUUUCAUCCCUGGUGUUGAGCAGAAGAUCAGUCGACCGUUCUCUGUUCCAGGCUCGCCGAGAGAUCGCAGUGGGAUGAUGACGCCUGGUGAUUUUGCUAGCUUGCAGGAGGGCAGAGAGGGAUUGAGUACCGAGGAUUAUGUUGCGUGGAAGUUGCCAGAAGAGGAAGAUCCAGACGAGUACCCAUUCCCGCUUACGCUGAGGACGAAGAGACCCACGGGCCCGACGAGCCCGGUUGAGCCUGCGCUGCCGAUUACGAAUGGUGGCUCAUGA